UUCAAUUUCGUUCCUUCAAUUUUUGACUAAAGAUAUUUAAAACUGUUAGCCUUAUGGACGGCUGAAGGGCGAGGGGGAACGUUACAAUAUUCUGCUACGCCGACUUGAUCUUGCAUUAGGAUCCCGCGGAUUGGGAUGAGACGAGUCAGUUGUUAAGUGCAGGGUAGUAGAAUUACACCCAAACCUGCCCAGUAGAGCUGGCAAAUUACUAUCAAAAAUAACGCAGGGCUAGCUGGCGGUCUCCAACAGUGUCCAUCGUUUCACAAAUUGUUACCGAGAAGUUGUUAUAACGUUUACAAAUAUUGUUUUUGCAUUGGCAGAUUAAUUGGAAUUGCCUAUGGCAUAGCAAUUUUCGAAUUGCGGUUUGCAUUGCAAACUGUAGCAAACAAGUGUGCUUUGAUUUCCACAGAUACACCAAAGGUUAAUGAGAAAUUUGAGAGAAAAUCAAAAAAUUCAAUAAAUAUCUACCUCCCGCUGAUUUUAACUAAUUUCUCGAGAAGUUUCUUCCCUUAAAUGGCGAUACACGCAUGCAAACACGGUCGUGCAAUUGACGAUGCACUUGAACUCGGAAGUGGAUGCGUUUACACCAAUGAUUCAGACGUGUUCUCAAAUCAAAUUUAAUCAGACUUCAAUGCUCGAACAGCUCCAAACAACGUGGACUGGGUAGACGGAUCUUAUUGUUAAAUGUGUUUUUGAAGCGAAGGAAAUGCUGCACGAAGUUUUAUUGUCUCUUUGGGGUUGCACGACUAAUGUCGUACAAAUUAUAGACACUGAUUUUUUAGAAACCGAAAAGCUUCUACACCCUGGAGAGCAAGCUUUGAUUAAAAAAAUUCUAGGCAUUGCGGAGGAAUGUAAUGCAGUGAGAAAUUUUAUAAAUGCCCAUACGUCUGUUAUUGGUGCUCCGAAUGACGCAACUGGAAAUUUGAAAUGGGGCCUUUAUCUGCAGGCCUUAUGUGACGGUAUGGAACAAGCAAUACAGCCGUUUCGCGAAGACGUUAUCGAAUUGGAAAAAAUCGUGCUGAAUGAUGCGUACACGCCAUUGACCUUCAUACUAUCACGAAUACAAAAAUAUCUCUGUUUAUUCUCAGUUCUGAAUUCCAUAAUAAGUGAGAUUCGAACCCAAAAAGUUCAUGGCUGUAAAGUGUUACAAUACUUGCAUCAACACAUGCACACUGGGGUACCUGAAGUGCGGCAGGCUUUAGAAAAGAUGAUGUAUUGCUGUCAUGUCGUGUUUUAUAAACAACUAUCCAGUUGGCUCUUAUACGGAAUUCUGGAAGAUGUUCAUAACGAAUUUUUUAUUCAAAGAGCAUCUGAACCACAGGAUAGUUUGGUUCUAGCUAAGAGUAAAGACAGUUCUGGUAUAGCAGAUGAAAAAUCAUCAAAAAAUUUAUGUGCAGACAUGUGGGAUUACGAAAUAAAAAUCCAUGUACUGCCAUCUUAUAUAAGGCCAUCAUUAGCGCUUAAAAUAUUGACCAUUGGUCAAACUAUUAUCAUGUUUGGAAAUGAUCCCAGACAAAAGAAAGAUCUGAGUAUAUUCACAAAGGCUGAAAACUCAAUAUGGGGUGCAAAAGAGUACGAGCAUUUUCACGAGUUACAAAAUUUGAAAAAUAAAAGAACUUUUGAUAUAAUUGAAUUUGAAAGAACUGUUGAUGAACUCAAACAGUGUGUCACUGAACACUUAUGGAGAGUUGCGGUUGAAGAAGCACAGCUUAUGCAUCAAAUUAAACUGAUAAAAGACUUUUUUUUACUCGGUCGUGGUGAAUUGUUCCUCGAAUUUAUUAGAUUAGCAGGUCACAUAUUAAAUAAAAAACCGACUAGUCAUACCACCAGGGAUAUAAAUUUAUCAUUCCAAAUAGCUGCACGGAAAAUGCUCCUACAUGAUGAGAGCACAACGGAAAGUUUUGACUUUCUUGUUCCUGUCCCAGAGAUUGAAAAUGAAGUUGGUGAAGAUCCAGAAGAUGGUGAAUUUUCAAGAAGAGAACGCGAAGACCCCAUUGACACAAGAGGAUGGGGACUGAUUCAGCUUCAGUACAAAGUAGUCUGGCCAUUACAUUUGUUGUUCAGUCCAAUGGCGUUGUGCGAUUACAAUACAUUAUUUCGAUUUUUGUUGAGAGUAAAAAAAACACAAAUUAAUUUACAAAAUCUAUGGUCCGAACAUAUGCGAACGAAAAAUGUUGAUAUUGGAGUGAUGCAGUUGAGAAACAACUUGAUGUUUGUUAUCAACAACUUACAGUAUUAUUUACAAGUAGAUGUACUAGAAAGUCAGUACACAAUUAUGGAAAAUACUAUGAAAAAUACGCGCAACUUUGAGGAGAUUCAAAAAGGACAUUCUGUAUUUCUAGCCAACAUUAUGUCACAAACUUUUCUGUUCCAAGGUUCCAGUGAUAAAGUCAACCCAGUCAACAAGUUGAUAAAAAUAUUGUUACGGCUGUGCGACGAUUUCAUACUGCAAGCACCCAUGUGGGAAUUGGGUAAUUUACUAGUGACUGAAAAAGAAGAACUCAAAGCAUUAGCCGACACUUUAAAUAGUCUUAUGGAUUGGCUAACAAAAACUUUGAACAAAGUACGGGCGCAACCAGCAGGGACACAUUUGGCACAGCUAUUACUGCGACUUGAUUUCAAUAGAUGGUUCAGUGGAAAAUCUUGAAUAGUUUCAGCAAACUUGUUCAUAUUGAACAGAAAUGAUGACCAAAAUUUUUUUAUAUAAUACACAAGGCAAGUUGGUUAAUUGUUUUGAGUUACCACGAUUUGCUCUGCACAGGUAUUUACUAAUAGCAAAGUAUGCAUAGUAAUAAUUUCGAGUACGUCGAGUUACUCAAGUGUGAAAUUACUGAACUCAGCUGCAAGUUGUAUUGUAAAUUAUUUUGCAUGGUACAGAAACAUGAAGUGAAUCUUAUUUUGUUUUUUAAGCAAAUGGCAUGACAUUAAUUAGAGUAAGUACGAUUACGGUAUUAUUAGUGGGUAAGCAAUGCUUGAUUCUCUAACAUAUUGUUGAAUAUAUCUUGAAUAAUACCCAGUCUUUUCCUAAUCACUUAUUUACUUCAUUGUUAGUUAUGAGAAUGAAUUUACCUAUUAUAUCAGUAUUUAUUAAACUCUCCAAAAUUAAAUACAUAUCGGCAAUACUUUCACAGCUUACGGAUGAAACUCGAAAACAGAUGUAUUAUAUCUAAACUAUAAUUUAAUAAAAACGUUAUUUCUUGAUAAAAUUUUCAACGUAAUGACUCAUUUCUAAUUUUAACAUU